GUAGCGCCAGUGCACGAUGGGAGAUGUAGUGUCCUCUCUUAAGCCCUUGACAAGUUCUACGCCCGGUGGAUGCCGGGUAAUAUGGGUAUUUAUAUACUGUCUUAGUUCCUGGGUUUUAAAUUCUUCCCGUAAUUGUGGGCAAGAUUGUAAAAAGCGCUAAAUGUUUGCCCUCAUUGCCAGCUUUUCAAGGUGGUAUGAGCAUGGAGCUCUCAGUUGUGGACACGCUGUGCGUGGGAUCUAGUUGUGCCCUAACCAGUCUCUUCUACUAUUUAUACCGGUGCCAGCGGGCAGCAGUGAGGCGCAUCCAGUCUGCUCAAAGGCUUCAGUUUGACAGUGACCUGAAAAAACUACUCGAGCACUCUGAGAAUCGGGAGCUGGGCUACGUGGUAUUGGAAGGUAAAGUGCAAGCAGUUAAUGAAGCUCUAAAAAGCCAUUUCAAGCCACAUCUUCAGGCUGUAAUACAAAGGUACCAGGUGACAGAACAUCGCUUGUUGUGGAACAGCCUGACAAGAAGCUGGAGUGAGAGUAAGCAAGUAAUUCAUGAACAAGUGGAUGCCAUUCCUUUUCAGCUGAGCCCACUUGAGGGAAGUGGGGAUUCUGUUCUCAUCUCAAAACCACUUAAUGCUACUGGGCUAUGUCUGGAAACUGUUCAUGAGGAGUUUCACAUCCCAUCUCCGGGAUUUGGGGAGGUAUUUAGACACUACUUAAGUGGGGAAAAGCCCACAGGCCUGCUGGAGACUGAAGAAAUACUUCCUGUGGGAGCAGUUUUAACAGGAAUAGGUCGGCUUGAGCUUGACCCACAGGAUGUUGACAUUACAUCUACCCCAGGAUGGAUCCGUAUACUUCCUCUCCCUUGAUGGAUAUGAGGCAGUCUUAGACCAACAGGAAUCUAUAGCUGGUUUUUGGAAGAAAGCAGCAAUUUUCUGUGGUGUACUGGGGCUUUCCUUCCU